AUGCAGAUCUCCACCCUUUCCGUCGCUGCUGCUGUGUUUCAAUCCUUUGUUAAAGCCGCAUACCCGCCCAACAGUCUGGGCACAUUCGCCUACUCUCACGGAAACCAGUUGGUGACUGAGAAUCCAUCCACUCAAACUACGGCACAGGAGCUGGUCGAACUUUGCAAUAGCUCAGGUGCUAUACAAGGAAUCGCAACCUGCACCGCCAUCUGUGUUGCCAACACCUACGUCUUCGGCCUCAUUUGCCGCAAACCCUUCAGCUUUACCGACGACUUUACCAACAGGACCUAUGCCAACCUAGAGCCUGCUUGUGUUGGUGACAUUAUUGGCAUCCUCCUAGAGCCCGAUGUUACUGCUGUGGUGUAUAGAAACACCAAAAGACCAUCGAGACAUCUGGUUCUAUCCUGA